AACGCGGCGGCAGGAGCUCAUCUGUUGGACGCAGGGAAACUAAUCAGCGGAGCCAAGUUAAGACUUCAGCCCGCCGCGCUAGCUCCCUCCCGGGCUAGCGAGCUCCACAAGUCCCCGGAACCAACGGACACUGUUUGGAAGUAGUAGUAACGGUCAACCGCGCGGGGAUAACGAUGUUUUAGGAAAGUUUUAACGCGGUGGGAAGUACCGGGCGGACUGUUAGUGGUAGCCAGCUGAAGGGACUCGCUCUCGGCUUAGCACUUUGCCGUUAGCCGUGGGGAAAAAUAAGUGCAAAAACAUGGAGCUGGACGAAGUAGUUCUGUACCACGACGAUUCGGGUAACUCCGCCGUCAUGUCCGAGCGGGUCUCCGGCCUGGCCAGCUCCAUCUACCGGGAGUUUGAGCGGCUCAUCGAGAAGUACGACGAGGACGUGGUGAAGGAGCUGAUGCCGCUGGUGGUGGCCGUGCUGGAGAACCUGGAGACGGCGUGCGGGGUGAGCCAGGAGCGGGAAGUGGAGCUGGAGCUUUUGAAGGAGGACAACGAGCAGCUGGUCACGCAGUACGAGAGGGAGAAGGCGCUGAGGAAACACGCCGAGGAAAGGUACAUGGUGAUGGAGGACUCUCAGGAGGGUGAGAAGAAGGAGCUGCAGAUCAGGGUCAUCUCUCUGGAAUCUCAGGCCCGACAACUGGAGACCAAGACCAAAAACUAUGCAGACCAGAUCAGCAGAUUUGAGGAGAGAGAGGCAGAGCUCAAGAAAGAGUAUAAUGCUCUUCAUCAGAGGCACACAGAGAUGAUCCACAGUUACAUGGAGCACUUGGAGAGAACUAAACACCAGCAUGGACCUGCCACAGAGCCUUCAGAAUCUGGUCCGAUAAAAACACGGAAGGAGCGCCCCAUCUCCAUCGGCCUUUACCAGCUUCCGGGGCCUGACGGCGUGACCCCUGACCCCCACAGACAGCCAGAGGAUGCAGCUGAACCGUGGAGAUUCAACAACCUCAGCCACCCGCGCUCCAACACUAGUCUCAAGCUGGCGCAGUUGUUUCCAGUCAUAGUGGAAAAUGAAAACUCUCCGCAGAAUCCAAAAUGUGCUGAGGAGCAGGAUGAACUGUCCAGUACAAGUCGUGGCUCCAAGUCCGGCUCUCCGUCCAAAUCUCCAGCCCCUAAAUCCAGCAGCUCCUCUCAGGGCCCAGCAUCCAACCUGAGAGGAGGGGCUUCCACACAGGUCUCCUCAGAUGUCACCAUGGAAGCAGUGGCGACGCCCAAUCAGGAGAGAGAAGCUUUAGAUAGACUCAACAGCAACCUGGAUGGCAAGAGCGGUAAACCAGACGGCAAUAAAGAUAUCACCAAUAUCCAGAAAACUCAGGAUUCCUCGUCAUCGCUGAAUGAUGAAGUCUUCUCAGAUGGAGCAAAUGAGCUGGAGAAGUCAGCGGUGCAGGCCAUCAUUGAGUCCACUCCUGAGCUGGACAUGGAGCUGGAGGGCCUCAAAGCCACAAGUACGCCAACUAAAAGCGGUGUAGAGAACCUGGCGUUUAACCGCAACACGGACUCUCUGUUUGAGGAGCUGUCUUCUGCUGGGAACGACCUGGUGGGAGAUGUGGACGAGGGAGCCGACCUGCUGGGUAUGGGAAGAGAAGUGGAACAUCUCAUCCAAGAAAAUGCCCAGCUGCUGGAGACCAAAAAUGCCUUGAACGUGGUGAAGAAUGACCUGAUAGCUCAGCUGGAUGACCUGGUGUGUGAGAAGGAGGUUUUACAGGGAGAGCUCACAGCUGUGUCCCAGGCUAAGAGCAAACUGGAACAGAAGAACAAAGAGCUGGAGGAGGAGCUGAAAAAGCUUCGGACUGAGCUCGAGGAGACCAAACGCAAAGUGAAGAAUGACAAUGAAGAUGAUAGUGACGUGCCCACAGCCCAGAGAAAGCGCUUCACUCGGGUGGAGAUGGCCCGAGUGCUGAUGGAGAGGAACCAGUACAAGGAGAGACUGAUGGAGCUGCAGGAGGCCGUGCGCUGGACAGAAAUGAUCCGAGCUUCCAAGGAGAACCCCACUCUACCAGAAAAGAAGAAAUCCAGCCUAUGGCAAUUUUUCAGUCGUUUGUUCAGCUCGUCCGGGGGAGCAGCCAAGAAGCCCUCAACGGAGGCUCCGGUAAAUGUCAAGUACAACGCCCCCACCUCUCAGGUCCAACCCUCGGUUAAGAAGAAGAGCAGCGCCCUCCAGCAGCUGCCCAGCGACAAGAGCAAGGCCUUCGACUUCCUCAAUGAAGAAGCGCCUGCUGAGAACGUAGUGUCCCGGCGUGAGCAGAAGAGGGCGCAGUACCAACAGGUCAAAGCUCACGUACAGAAAGAGGAUGGACGUGUGCAGGCAUAUGGCUGGAGUCUGCCAAAGAAAUACAAGGCCAAUGGAGGACAGGCUGAGGGGAAGGUCAAGAACCUGCCUGUCCCAGUGUUCCUCAGACCUCUGGAUGAGAAAGAUGCUUCUAUGAAGUUGUGGUGUGCUGCUGGAGUGAACCUGUCUGGAGGUAGGACCAGAGAUGGAGGCUCUAUAGUGGGAGCCAGUGUGUUCUACAGUGACCCUCCUGCUUCUGACAAUCCCAGGAAGAAAACUCAGAGCAACCUGGACCAGCUCGACCAGGAGCUCAAGGAGCAGCAGAAGGAGCUGAGGCAGCAGGAGGAUCUGUCGUCUCUGGUGUGGAUCUGCACCAGCACUCAGGCCUCCACCAAAGCUGUGGUCAUCGAUGCCAAUCAGCCCGGCAACAUCCUGGAGAGCUUCACUGUGUGCAGCUCCCAUGUGCUCUGCAUCGCCAGUGUGCCAGGAGCCAGAGAGACGGACUACCCAGCAGGAGAGGAGGUGUGUGUGAACUCGGGACCCUCCAAGGACCCUUCCUCCUGUGCCAGCCCCACCCCAGGAGAGGAGGGUCUGCUGGGGGGCAUCACUGUGCUAGGCUGUACGGCUGAGGGCUCUGCGGCACCUCAGAGUCCAGUGAAGACCAACGGAGAAUCCAGACCAGAGGAGGCAACAGAGGCUGUGGAGGGCAGCCCCACAGCAGAAGACAGGAGAGGCAGUCUGAGAGGAGUGUACACAGAGCACAUCUUCACUGACCCCCUGGGAGCAGACGGCACACAUGGGUCUGGUGAUGUGAAGGACGGUUGUGAACAGGGUGCAGAGGAAGAGCAGGACCUGAGUCGAGAGGAGGCCCAGAAGAUGAGCAGUGUGCAGCCAACCAUGUGGCUUGGGGCGCAGAACGGAUGUAUAUAUGUCCAUUCUUCGGUGGCUCAGCGGAAAAGGUGUCUACAUUCUGUAAAGCUCAAGGACUCUGUGUUGGGCAUAGUUCAUGUGAAGGGCCGAGUGCUGGUGGGGCUGUCAGAUGGGACUAUAGCCAUUUUUCAUAGAGGAGCUGACGGGCAGUGGGACAUGACCAACUACCACCUGAUAACACUGGGCCGGCCUCAUCAGUCCAUCCGCUGCAUGAGCGUGGUGCACGACAAGGUGUGGUGCGGCUCCAGAAACAAGAUCUACGUGGUACAGCCCAGAGCCAUGAACAUCGAGAAGUGCUUCGACGCCCACCCCCGAAAGGACAGUCAGGUGCGUCUCAUGGCCUGGGACGGGGACGGCAUCUGGGUGUCCAUCCGUUUGGACUCCACGUUGCGCCUGUUCCACGCACACACACACCAGCACCUGCAGGACGUGGACAUCGAGCCCUACGUCAGCAAGAUGUUAGGUACAGGGAAGUUGGGCUUCUCCUUUGUCAGAAUCACAGCCCUCACCAUCUCAUGUCAGCGCCUGUGGAUCGGUACAGGCAACGGAGUCAUCAUCUCCAUCCCCCUCACAGACACAGCCAACAAGACGUUGAAAGGCUCUGGCUCAAGCCCGGGCAGUGUGGUCAGAGUGUACAGCGACGAGAGUGGAGACAAAGUGCAUGCUGGGACAUUUGUGCCCUACUGCUCCAUGGCUCAUGCACAGCUCUGUUUCCAUGGACACAGAGAUGCUGUCAAGUUCUUCACGGCUGUCCCAGGUCAGGCCAUCCCAUCGUGGAGCGGGGCAGAGGCAGGAGACAAACCCCAGGACCCCAGUGCUCAAGAGGGGGGCAGGUCCACUCUGGUGAUGAGUGGAGGGGAAGGUUACAUUGACUUCAGGAUGGGCGACGAGGAGGGUGAGGGCGGCGAGGGGGAGGAGCCUAUGGUGAAGCUGCAGCCCAAAGCUGAGCGCAGUCACCUGAUUGUGUGGCAGGUGCUGCACAACUCCCAGUGACAGCCCUCCGCCCUCGUCACGACAACCAUCCAGGUGACCCCUCCCCUCCGUGGUCACAGUGGCAGCCAUCCAACUGACCCCUUCCCCCCGUAAGCGCCACGGCAACCAGACUAAAGACUAAAGCACUUUCCUGUCCGCAUAUGUGGCCUAACAUACCGACACUGUAAAAAAGGAAUAUGUGUACUGGUUAUAGUUAUUCAAAAUAUUUAUCUUAUUUGGAGUUUCAAUUUGUAACCUGCAAUUUAAAACCUUUUCAUGAAUCCCUAUGGUGGAAUAUUCAGCAGUUACCAUGGAAACACAAUGCACAGAUUAGCAAACACUGUCAAAAAUUGCUCGUUCUGGUCUGAUUGUGUUAAAACAAAGCUCAGAUUAAAGUCUAAUUUGAGUAACAGAGCUAUAAACAGAGCAAUGCCUACAUUUUCUUCCUUAGACAUAAAUGCACAAUACAAUAAAUUUUAAAAAACCUCAAGAUUCACAAUUACAGUAAAUAUAUUCCCUUUUACAGUGACGUCUAUUCACUACUUCAAUUAUUAUUUUUGACCUGUAGCAUGUUACAAUGCCUCUAUUCAUUUAUUUGAGCUAAAUACUUUUUUGUAAAUUAUACUUGUUAUUUUAAAGUUUGACAAUAUGUACACAAAUGGAUCUAUUUUAUGCAAAGGAAGCUCCACCAAUCACUUAUUUUUUGUCGAAACUAUUCAAAGUUGAGAGACAAAAUGUUCAAAUACGUAUAAGAUUUUGAAUUUCAUAUAUAAUUUAAAGGCGCUGUAUCUGGGUUUUACUGUCUUAAAAACGUUUGCCGUGGUCCAAAGUUAUUCCUCUCUUACCUUGUGCAUUCAGAACAUCCUAAAUAAUCUUCGCAAUGACUUUAUAAGCGCUUUUUCCAACGUUCAGAGGCCAGAGCGGUGUUUUUCCGUGAUACAGCUAACAACAACUAGCAUGCUAAUGUGCACUGCAGACAGCUGACUUAUUUUGACCUCAAGGUGCUGCUUAUACAGUAAAUCUGAGCAAAAUUUGUCUUUCUCCAGUACAAAUAUGAGGGGGGAAAUUUGGGUAAAGGGCCUUUAAAAUAAUUUGAAACCAUAAAAUAUUUAAAUGACCUGGUCAAGCAGCAAAUUUGGUUAAAUCAAACUAUAAUGUGUUAUAUCAGAAAGAUCUCAUACUUGCACCUAAUUUGUUUUUAAUUUCUCAGUAUACUUGCUUAUCCCUUGUGCCUUGUUAAGGAAAAUGUGUGUAUAUGAAGGUACAUUUAUUAUUAUAACUAGUAUCUCUGUACACAGAUGUGUAUAAAAACUUGCAAAAACACACAUGUGAGGUUCUGAUCGUCCUGAUCUGAUCGUCCUGAUCAGACCAAUUUUUGUAGACACUGAGCAUGUUUUGGAAAUUUGUGUGUCCGUUGGCUCCAUCCAUAAUAAUCGUAUUAUUUGACGCCUCCGCCUUCGCCUUUGAACAGUUGGUCCUUAGAAACCAGGGGAGAUCAUUUUUUUUCACCAAAAAUGGUUUGGGUGCACAGUUUGUACGAAACACUUUCAGUGUCAUUUUUUCUCCCUCCAGAAGCCCAUAUUCAGACGGGAUCUACAUAUUGAUACGUCUGUAACACUGAUAAUAGUUAAAAAAAAAAAAAAAGUUCUGUAAUGGAAUUAUCACAUUUUUUCAAAUUGGCAUCUCAUCUAAGAGUUAAUAGAUUAUGGUCAUUUCCAAUAUGUCCCGUUAAAGAGAACUCAUUCACAAAAACAAAUUGAAAAGUAUUAAUGUUUGACAAUUUUAUGGAGGUUUAAAAAUCGAAGUACAGCUUGUACGAAACGCUCCCAGUGUGCUCAUAUUUUCAUCAAGGCACAAGGGUUAAAUGAACACAUUUUCUUCUGACACAUUUACACUUUGUCCCAGCGUUUUCAGUGUUUGAGUAAAACUGGAGGUUCCGUUCCUUUGUCCUGACAGUUGCCUUAGGUUUCAACAUUUGAAAUUUAGACAUUUUCAGAUGUAGCUAUUUAUUUAGUUGUCUUAGAUUGUUCUGUUUGAAACCAAAGGAAAACUAUAAUUAAUCUGACGUGUGCGUCUGCCUCAAUGUAGAUUUUGUAAUGUAGAUAGAUGGGUCUAUUUUUAAGAAAUGUGGGAGAAGUAUUUUUGAAAGAGAAUGAAAUACACAAAACACAAAAAUGUUACGUCAAAAUAUCUGGUUUGCCAUUGAAUUGUUGUUUGUAAUGAUUUUGAUUUGCUUUUAAAGGGACUGUAUGUAAGAUGUAGAUUUUAAAUUCCAUAAACACGACCCAGCGGUGUCCCCAGAUACGAGGUAAACAUUUUCAAAUCAAGUGUAGUGAUGGGACAAGAUCUCGCGACAUCAGAUUGCCAUUGGAGUAACAAAAAGGGUUAAACUGGUGAGUUAUUUUGAGAAGGUCUAGUUCAAAGAUGGCAAAAGUAUAAAAAAUAUAAGGACCAAAUUUGUGAAGUCAGCAACACAAUUUAUUGUAAAUGAUCCCCAUCUUGUUCUCGAGGACUGAAACUUGUGUCCUGUCUCGUCUUAUGGGAAUUCUGUCUCGUCCCAUCUCUCUCAAGACGAUUAUUGAAUCAGAAAGCAGUAUAAGUCUCUUAUUUGGGUUGCCAGUGACAAUGGUGAAAUCCAGAUGGUUUAAACCUAAAAGGACUUUCCCUGAUCUGAGUCAGUACCUAAACCCCAGCACCUGCAUCAUUAAUCAGUGCUAGUGCAGCCUCUGCAGCUCAGUGACUGCUUUCUGGAGGUUUGAGCUUUCACACGAGACAUGGCCGGUCAACAGAAUCAAAAAUCAAAUACUAAUCAAUACUAAGACUAGCAUCAAAACUAGAUAAUCAUUUAAGCAAGCGUCAAUACUGAAAAAAAAUCACGUAACUGGAUCAAAUUUGAACUUUCUUAAACAAUUUAAUCAGAACUGUCUAAGACCACAUGGUAUAACAAACAAAUAAUGUGUUGAAAAUGACAGUACCGUCUUAAGCGUUUAAAAUUCUCAUUUGAAUGUCAAAAUUGUUAUCAAGUAUCAAGUUUAUUCCUAUUUCCUGGAGUUUGAAAAUUUUGUUCUGUGACAAUAGUCCAUAAACUGAGAAUGAGAAACACUUGUAUCUGUCCUUUAUCUGCAGGUUGAGGCUCUGGCAGCCCAGGUUCAGUUGAGAUCAUCGUACCUUUUUUAAACCACCGUUAGAGCGCAGUGUACAUACAGCUCCUUUAAAGUCGGCAGCCAUUUUGUGUUGAAGUAUUGUAGUAUUUUGUCGUUUAUGUGUGCUUUUAGCCAUGUCAGUAUUUAUUUCAAUGAUUGAGCCUUUGCAAUUCAGAAUGUAUCUUUGUACAAUGAAAACAUGAUUAUGCUGUUUGUAUGGAAACUGAAAAUGCCGUGAGACGUUUUUUUUGUUGAAUUUGACUUUGUAUAUUUACUAAACUAUGCACUAUCAACCAGCCAAA